GACAUGACCGAGCAAAGAGUGUUGCGUAGGCCAUGGCGAACCAUGAGGCGUGCAUCCUCCCCCAACACUCGAAGCUAGAGAUAGUUUGUGAGAUCCGAAACUUCGCACAAUUCUUUAAUAUUAUUCACUAUCUGUGCUGAAAACCAAGCGCCCCAACAGUUCCGGCAACCAAUUGAUUGUAGAGAUAGAUCCAAACCAGCAGCUUGAAAGUCAUUUCGUCCUAAAGGCACUUUUUCUUUCUCGUGAUGGGGAGGAAGGAUUAUUUGGCCAUGAAAACUGAUCCGGCCACGGCGGAUUUGAUCGACUCUGAUAUCAAAGAACUCAAGAUCGCCGCAAAGAGGCUCAUCACUCAUGCCACUAAGCUUGGUGGCCUCGGCUUUGGGACUUCUUUUCUCAAAUGGGUCGCUUCCUUCGCUGCAAUUUAUUUGCUGAUAUUGGAUCGAACCAACUGGAGAACAAACAUGCUGACUUCACUUUUAGUCCCUUACAUAUUCUUUAGCCUUCCUUCGGUGUUGUUCAAUUUUUUCAGAGGAGAGGUAGGGAGAUGGAUUGCUUUCAUCGCAGUUAUACUAAGGCUUUUCUUCCCGCGACACUUCCCAGAUUGGCUGGAGAUGCCAGGAUCUUUGAUUCUUCUCCUGGUUGUGGCUCCCAGCUUCUUUGCACACACCUUGAAGGAUAGCUGGGUUGGUGUCGUGAUAUGCCUUAUCAUUGGUUGUUACCUAUUGCAAGAGCACAUCCGAGCUUCUGGUGGAUUCAGAAAUUCCUUCACUCAAACCCAUGGAAUAUCGAACACGGUUGGCAUUAUCGUUCUGUUAGUCUAUCCUGUAUGGGCACUUGUCGUCCACUUCCUCUAGGCACAAGAUUAUCUAUCUCUCUAGUCUUGAUUUAUCUUCCUUGAUCCGCAACAUCUAGCCAUAAUUUUAUUUUCAAUGUUUCGUACAUUGUUUUCUCAGUUUAAAGUUGGAUUGAUUUUCAAUAUUUUCCCUUACAAUUUCCAACUUAUUCAAUUUUAAUGCUUUUAUGGCUUGUCAAGUUA